AUGUGCUUCCCGCUUAGUCUCGGGGGUGAUUCCGUCCCUGGCAGACUAAAGUUGGGUUGGUUGAGUUGGCGUCGGAAUCUGCUUCCGGUUCCUGGAAUCGGGCACAUCCCGAUGGCAUGUCUGGUUAUUGGCUUGGUCGCUGCUGACAGAGCGAGAGGGAGGGAGGGAGAUUAUUGUUAUGAGAGGGGAAGAUCGAUCAUUGUGCUUGUCUUCGGGGCAAGGCGGAGGUGGGUUUGGGACUUUUGCGUGAUAUUCAUGAGUUCUCCUGUAGAGAGACAGUUAGUCGCCAUGGCCUGCCUGCCCGGCGUCUAUCUAUCUGCUUUCCUCGUCCUUGCAGCGGUUACUAGCCUUAAUGAUUCCCCCCGUUUCCCUGUUUCUGAGACAAUACUAGCAAUUGGAGCCCGGCUGAGUGCAUGUGAAGCUGAGUGUCUUGUGGGCGCUGAAGAACUCGAGGGCUGCAGAUCUCGGGGGGAGGUGGGGAUAAGGGGAGGGUGCGAGAUUCAAUUAUUGGCCAAGCCAUGCCGCGCCCCCCCUUCUUGA